ACCGCGCUUCCGGGUUGGGACCGGAAGUGUGGGGAUAAAGCGGCGCCGGCGCGGAGGGGGAGCCCCGUGGUGCGGGGCGGGAUGCGGGGCGCGGGGAUGAAGCUCCGGGACACCCCAUCGGAGAGCCCCGCGCUGUGGCGGGCCCUGCCCUGCCCGGCGGCCGAGCUGCGGCUGGACCUGGUGCUGCCGUCGGGGCAGACGUUCCGAUGGAGGGAGAGCAGCCCCGGGUCCUGGACGGGCGUGCUGGGGGGCACCGUGUGGACGCUGCGGCAGGAGCGCGACCGGCUCUGGUACACGGUGUACGGCGGGGAGGCGGGCGCAGGCACGGACCGGCUCCUCCGGGAGUUCUUGCAGCUGGAUGUGGGGCUGCGGGAGCUGUACCGAGCCUGGGGGGCCGCGGACCCCCUCUUCCGACAGGCGGCCAAAGACUUCCCAGGGGUGCGGGUGCUGCGGCAGGACCCCGUCGAGUGCCUCCUCUCCUUCAUCUGCACCUCCAACAACCACGUCUCCCGCAUCACCGCCAUGAUCGAGCGGCUCUGCCAAGCCUUCGGCCGCCACCUCUGCCACCUCGAUGCUCAGCCCUUCCACGCCUUCCCUGCCCUCACAGCGCUCACAGGCGAUGAUGCUGAGGCCCGGCUGCGGGCGCUGGGCUUCGGGUACCGAGCCAAGUUCAUCAGCGGCACCGCGCGCGCCAUCACCGAGGGGCUCGGCGUCGAGGGGCUGCACCAGCUCCGCACCGUGCCCUACGCCGAGGCCAGGAGGGUGCUGUGCACGCUGCCUGGUGUGGGCACCAAGGUCGCUGACUGCGUGUGCCUGAUGGCGCUGGACAAGGCGGAGGCGGUGCCGGUGGAUACCCACGUGUGGCGCAUCGCGCGGCAGCGCUAUGGCAUGGAGCUGGGCGGCCGCAGCAUCACCCCGCGGGCGCACCAGGAGAUCGGCGACUUCUUCCGGGGGCUGUGGGGUCCCCGCGCCGGCUGGGCGCAGGCGGUCCUCUUCUGCGCUGACCUCCACAAGGGCCGGGAGCUGCCUGUGAGCCGGGAUCGGGAUAAGGAGAGCUGAAGGCAGGACCCCCGUGGUGAUGGGACCCCUUAGCAACA